GUCGUCAGAUCGUUUACCCUCUAUUCUCGACGAGACUUGCUGGAGAACAUCACUACGCUCGUUCGUCCUACGCCUGCCGCUUUGCGUAAUAUUUGACGGGCUUCCGCGGAAGCCUUUCGUGUAAGCCUUGCGCGGAGGACCUCCCCGAAGACUGCCUUAUAACGGGGUGAAACGGGUCGAGAACGCACGCUUUCUCUCCCUUCUUCUCUUGCUACUCGCCCGUCAUGUCUGGGAGACCUUCAACACGAUCGCGCGCGAAAUGUGGGGCAAACGAUACUCAGUCGACCACACUAAGCUCGCAGCAGGACGCGCUGCAGACGUUUCCUCCCACUCUUUCUGACCCAGCGGCAUCUUAUCUCGACGUGAUCGACCCCUCCCUCUUGUCAAUGCACCCUGGCACUAGUGGAUCGCCUGGGGCACAAGAGCCUGCGAAGACUGUUCAAUCGAACCGCAGAAGCCGCCGCAAACGGGCCCAUCAGGAUGCCUUUACGUCCUCGUCGGUCGCAGCGUCGACCUCAGCUGCAACUGAAAACGCGCCCGCGGGGUCUUCUGGCAUGUUCACUGUCUUUAGCGCGCGCCUUCCACCGCCCUCACCUCUCGUACAUCCUGAGGCGUACGGCAGGACGCCCUCCCCAAACCUUUCCUCUCCCAUCUCCUUCGACUUGACCGCUUCCGCCGCCGUUGGGAAUUCCUUCCCCAGCCCUCAUUCUGGAGUUUCCGCCUACCAACCCGGACUUCCUGUCCCGCACGCGCGCGAUGAGCGUGCUUACCCCCUUACGUACAUCGUCGCUACCAGCUUACACGCCGCGAGCGUGUUCGUCGUCCCCACGCCCAAAGCCAGGCCGCUUGAGCUGCAGAGCAUCCCGUGGGUGGAGCGCGAUCCGCAUCAGCCUGCUGGUGGCGUGCCGGAUAGGUCAGCUCUUGCUCGCCUGGCGUACUAUCUGCGCAUCAAAGCUCUGGAGGAGCGUACCGAAGCGCUCAACGCGCGGGCUUCAGCGGCAGAGGAGCGGGAGAUGUUUGCGCGAAGCCACAGUCUGGCAGAGGGUCGACGGGCGGAUGAGGCAGACGCGCGGGCGCAAAUUGCUGAGAUACGCCUUGAGGAGCUGGAGGAGGAGGUCCACAGGAUGAAGGAAGCCCUCGAUGUGGCCGUCGCCGCAGCGAAGGCCUCUGAUGGGGCCUCGCAAGCCCAACUCGUAUCCGCGCAAAGAGAGACUGCGACUGCUCAGCAGGCUGCCGCCGACGCCACGGCUUCGCGCGAUAGGAUGUAUAAAGAUGCGGCUGCAGCGCAAGUCCGUGCGCGCCAGGCGGCGAGCGAACUGGACGAGAUGCGGCGCAAGUUGAGAGGGGCUGAGGAGGAACUUCGCACUACGCAGGACCAGCUCCAGGCGACGGAGGGUACGCUGGUGGGGUCACGCGAGGAACUUCGGGGGAGUCUUCACGAUCUUGGCAUUGCGCUUAACCGCGUCGGUCAGCUCGAGGAAGUCCUUCAGAAGUUGCAGGAGCAGGAUGAGCGGCCGCGUAAACAGGCGAAGACAAAGUAGUAAUAGGGACUGUCACAGUAGCGGUUUGGUGCGAGUUUGGUGAGAGUUCGGUGAGAGGUUUCGUGCAGGUUCCGUAAGCUAGUUUGGUGGAGUUCAACUUUGACUGUGCCCCUGGC